GCACCACGUGGCCGGCCUCAUAAUUCAGUCGCACGUACGCCGGGCCCACACGCCAGCAUCUCGCGCCCGCGCGCGACGACGACGGGCCGGAUAAAUACGGACUCCGCAGGCGCUCACGGGCACGGGACUUUUCUUUCUCUCUGGUCAUCGUCGUAGCCGCAGCGGCAGCAGCAGCAACCACCGGCGCGGAGGAGGCGGCGGCGGGUUUUCUUUCUCGGCGGGGAUAGAGGUCUUGACGAUGGAGGCGGAGGUGCAAGCGCGCGAGGAGCAAGAGGAGGAGGAGGAGGAGGUGGCGUGCGAGUGCUGCGGCUUCACGGAGGAGUGCACGGCCCCGUACAUCGCCGGCGUGCGCGCGCGGUACGGCGGGAGAUGGAUCUGCGGGCUCUGCGGGGACGCCGUGGCCGAGGAGAUGUGCAGGGCCUCGCCGCCGGUGUCGCCCGCGGAGGCGCUGGACCGCCACGCCUGCGUGUGCGGCGAGGGGCGCCGCGCGUCCGCGCCGCCUUCUCCGGGCGACGAGCUCAUCGCGGCCCUGCGGCUCCUGCUCCGCCGCAGGCUGGGCUCGCCGUCGCCGCCGAGGCUGGUCCGCUCCACGCCGAGCAGCCCGAGGCGCGACGCCGUCGCCCCCGCCGCGGCCGCGGGCGCCGGCCCCGGCGCCGGCGGCCCGCUCGCGCGCACCGAGAGCUGCUUCGCCGCGCUCGUGGAGUAGCAAGCAUCCAAGAACCAAUGAAACCAAAAAGAACCUGAUGGUAGUCUCAUCUAGUUUCCUGCCUUUUUUUGCAAUUUUCCUUCCGCCUCUGUAAAUAUGCAUGCCAUGUAAUCGCGUUUCUAGCUUAGGAUGAUGCAGCCGUGAGAGGAAUAAAACCAAUGUGUACAGAGUACAUACAGUAAUAACAACAACAAAAAGAGUAAAUGGAAGUGGAGGUAAUUCCAUGUUUUAUCAUCA